GAACACUUCACAGAAGUAAUAAAGAAUCAGGAAUUUCUUCUACUUCCUGGAAAUGAAAUUGCAAAGCUUUUAUCUAGUGAUGACAUCAAUGUUCCAGAUGAAGAAGCUAUAUUCCAGGCUUUGAUGAUGUGGGUGAGACAUGAUUUGCAGAAGAGGCAACGAGACCUAGGAAUGCUCCUUUCUUACAUUAGACUGCCACUGCUUCCACCACAGUUACUAGCAGAUCUAGAAAACAGUCCCAUGUUUGUGGAUGACCUUGAGUGUCAAAAACUUCUAAUGGAAGCUAUGAAGUAUCAUCUGCUACCAGAAAGGAGAUCCAUGAUGCAGAGUCCCCGAACUAAACCAAGGAAGUCUACAGUGGGUUCACUUUAUGCUGUGGGAGGCAUGGAUGCUACUAAAGGAACCACAACAAUUGAGAAAUAUGAUCUUAGGACAAACAGUUGGGAACAAAUUGGUAACAUGAAUGGUAGACGGCUACAGUUUGGAGUGGCAGUAAUUGACAACAAGCUCUACAUUGUGGGAGGACGAGAUGGUCUGAAAACCUCUAAUACAGUUGAAUGUUUCAACCCAAUUACUAAAGUUUGGACUAUAAUGCCUCCAAUGUCAACACACAGACAUGGCUUAGGUGUAGCAAUGCUUGAAGGACCAAUGUAUGCAGUUGGAGGCCAUGAUGGAUGGAGUUAUCUCAAUACAGUAGAAAGAUGGGAUCCACAGGCACGGCAGUGGAAUUAUGUUGCUAGCAUGUCAACUCCUAGAAGCACAGUAGGGGUUGCAGCAUUAAAUAGCAAGUUAUAUGCUGUUGGUGGACGGGACGGCAGUUCCUGCUUAAAAUCCAUGGAAUGUUUUGAUCCUCACACUAACAAGUGGAGUAUGUGUGCUCCAAUGUCUAAGAGAAGAGGAGGUGUUGGUGUUGCAACAUACAAUGGAUUUUUAUAUGCAGUAGGAGGUCACGAUGCACCUGCUUCCAACCACUGUUCUCGACUUUCCGAUUGUGUGGAAAGAUAUGAUCCUAAAACAGAUGCCUGGACCACAGCAGCACCUUUAAGCGUACCAAGAGAUGCUGUUGGGAUAUGUCCUCUCGGGGACAAGCUAUAUGCAGUAGGGGGCUACGAUGGCCAUACUUAUCUGGACACAGUGGAGUCAUAUGAUGCACAAAACAAUGAAUGGACAGAGGAAGUCCCUGUCAAUAUUGGAAGAGCUGGUGCCUGUGUUGUUGUAGUGAAGUUGCCAUGAUGGAUACUUCUGGUGAAAUAAAACUUGAGUACAGUUCUGUAAAACUGUGACAAGAGGAGAAGAAACAAGUUCCAGAAUGCAAUAAAAACUAUAUACAUUUCAGCAGUCCUCCACUGUAGGGAAGACUCAGAUCUAAGCCAUUAUAUGGUUUGAGCACAAAAAUUAACUUUCUCUGCUCUGCAAAGUCAGAGGUUUUUGAAAAAUAUGAAUCAGCAUUUUGUUACACAAUACACAUUCGUACAAUAAUAUCUUUAAAUAGUUUAUGUUCACUAUGAAAGUUUACUUGUUAUUUAUAAAAUGCAAUAGCAGCUACGGUAAUCACUGAACAAGUCUCAAUAUACAUUGUUUUCCUUUCAAUAUCAGGAGCAAUGAUGACAUUAAAAUAAUAAGUUUAUGUACUAUAAAGUAAAUGAAAAGCAAAUAAUACAACACAUAAAAAUCUUUCUUCAACAGCUAACUGUGUAAAAGAAAGUAUCUUUAACAGCUAUUCACUGGCAACAGAGAAUCAGUAGCAGGAACUUCAUAUCUAAAUUCACAAGUAAGAAUAAUUAGUAAAGUAUUUAAAUUUGUCAUAUAAACAAAUUCCGAGCAGCAUAGAAUUUGUUCUUUUUGCAAUUGCAUUCCCUCCUGCCCCCAAAUUUUAUCCUGCUCAUCUCUGUAGCAUUUGUAGGACUGGAAAUAUAUCCAUUUGAGAAACAUAGUAAAUUAAAUUCUGUGAGUCAAAUUUAAAAUAUAUGAGUCCAAACAGUAGCACUGCAACACUAUUGCUUUAUUUUUUUAGCAGUUACUAAAGGACAUCUCAUUUAUCAAAAGACAAAUAACAUUGCUACUCUAACUUUUAUUCACUAAAAAUUGAUGCUUUGACAAUGCAUUGAUAAGUGCUAUUAUUAUGCUGAUCACAGUGUGUCAGAUUACUCACUGAAUAAUAUUUGCCUACUAACCAUCUGUCAGAAUGUGUUAAACCAAUUUGGCAUUUCUUGCAAUAAUCACCAUGCAUUAGACUUUAUCACCAGUAAAGUGUUGGUAAAAUUACAUUCAUAACUUACAAAAUGGGAAAUGUAUAUCAUAUUGAUAUGAUGAUCUAUGACCUCAGCUGAAGAGUGCCAGCUUCCUCCAAUGUACAGUAUAAAUAUUAGAGUCCAGAAACAUGUGUACUGUGUAGCAGUAUGUACCACUGAAAUAAGCAUGUUUACAUUUUAUCUAAAACUGUGUAGAAUGCUACAAAACAAGAUUAACGUCAGUGACAGAAUCACUUGAAAAACAGCACAUAAUUAGCAUGCAUGCCUUUUCUUCUGUUGUGUGCUAAUUUAAGGAUUUUGGUUUGUUUUUCUCAUUUUGAUCAUGUCAUGUACUGGAAUUAUAUAGUAGGAAAUGUAAUGUAUGUAAAAUGUUCUAUACUGUAAAACACGUUAUUUGGGUAGUGUCUAUUUUAGCUUUCAAAAUUCAUUUAUUUCACUAUGAAAAAAUUCAGAGUAAAGUAAUGAAAAUGCUCUAUGAACAAGUAAAAAAUAACUUUUGUGAUAGAAUGUUACAUUUUCAGAAUUCUGCUAUAUGCUAUUUUAAAAGACUUUAUACUACAAAUUGUGUAGAAAACUUCUGAGAGAGAGAGAUCAUUGGGAUAUUUAUAAAACAAAGCAAAUAAAAGGCUUUUAAAUUAAAAAAAAUAAUUUACACAUUAUGUUCAUAUUGUGGCAUGCUGGAUUUAAAUAAAUUUUACUUUCUCUCCUAAGAAAAUCACCAUGAAAUUCUGGGUUGCAUUUAACAAAGGAUAUGCUUUUUUAAUUUUGUGUAUUUCAAACCAUAUCGGUUUACUUUAUAUCAAGUGUUGUUCAUCAUAUCAAGUUUGUCUUCCCUUUUUUGGUGAUGUGCUAUUACUAUAAAUGAUCAAGUGCUCAUUCAUAUAGCUAAGUAAUGACAUUUCUAAACGGGAGGGAAAAUUUUGCUUAACCCUUAGUAUGUUAGACCAGCUAUGUGUUAAAUCCAUGCUGUCAUCCUACUGUAUUCUUGAGAUACUCUCUCACUCUAGUUUCUGCAUGAGGUUCAGAUAAUAAAUUAAGAUUAUCUUCUUGUUUAUACCCAAGUCCUAGGAAUCUCACUCCACUAUU